GAGCUUCACGAGAUCAUGAUGAAUGCCGAGGACAGCCUCCAACGCCAGAAACGGGCGAUCCACGAGGGAUUGCAGAAGUCGGAACAUGAGGGAGAAGGGGAGUGGGAGAUGGCAGAGGCCAGGGUGCGAGGACGAAGUAUAGAAGGCUUCUAACAAUUGCCUGAUCUAACGGUAAUUAAGGUUACCGUGGGUUCUCCCACGAGGUGACCGUGGUGGCCAUGACGGAUUGUUUAGAGACCGACGCGACGCCGAACAAGGGCCGAAUAAACGCCGAGGAUUGUGAAUUUAAUGGCCGGUCGGUGUCUUCAUACAUGACCGAGAAAACCCCGAUUUAACGAAGCUCAACAACCAUUUACGGUGAUCUUUUGCUCCGAAGUCGGACACUUUACAAUGUCGCAACGAGAGGCAAGUCAAAUAUAGAAGCCACAGAAAAGGAUAAGAUAAGCACAACGGCAAUCUUGGCUACCUCGGUCCUCAUGCGUUACACGCUAACACGUCAGGCGGAACCGUUUCUAUCAAGCAAGAAAGGGCGUUACAUUGUGCUUAUCAAGAACGUUUCGGGGACUUCACGGCGAACUCGGCAAACACCCGGCGAACCACGGUGAAUUCACGGCCGCUAAAGCUACUGCAAGUAGUUUAUCGACUCACCAAAAAUGGCAGAAACAGAGGAAAAAAAGGAUGAGACGCCUGAAACAGGUUUGAGCCACUCGUCUACUACGUCCGCAUGGACGGUGGAAGAGGAAACAGCUCUUCUCAGAGCCAUUUGUAUGGGUCUCCGGCCGGUCGGUGUUCACCGACACUUCCACAUGCUGAACAUACUCCGGCAGCUAAACGCUAAGUCGCAGCAUAAGCGAGUUCAGGAUGUAUGGAGUAAAUUGGAGUCGCUCUACAAUCUAAAAGGAUUUGAAGAGAUUGAGCUAUCAGCUGAGGAGAAUAGCAUGUUCGCCCCAAAACCUGACGCAACUGAGAAGCUACGCGAGUUUCGUCUUCCUUACCGUUUCCUGCACAAGGAACGGAAGAAGGGGCCAGCUAGUGGGGGCGACGAGAAGAAGCCAGCAGAAGAGAAGCAACCACCACGAAAACAGCCGGCACGCAAAAAACCCAAGACGCAGCCGACACGGCGGAGCUCACGGCGCAGUGGAUUGCGAACAAGAACCUGACCUCAGCUACGUUUGCGGCACUUUUUCAAUUGGUCGCAUUUCCUCGUUUAUCCCGCAACCCGCCACAUGUAUUCAAAUCCCCCACACGUGCACACCCCACCCCCACCACAUAUCGCUUCGCUACAGCUCAGUCGGGCUCAUUAAGUGCCGCGGCGAUUCCACGCUUAUACACUGUUAUAUGUUACCCUAUUUGAUUGAUUGCUAAUCAUAGCCGGAGAGAGAACGAGAUAGGAAACUGUGCAAAAAUAGCUUGUGCCCUAAAAUAAAGUAAAUGAAUCUUAUAUAAAGAGACUGCACGCGCCGACCAGCGACCCGUUACGGUGAAGCUCAAAUACAGCCAAGGCACGUCUCUGGCACGCUGACAAGAGGGGUCGG